AUGGGUAAAGAAUCUUCAUUUGCCACUUUGAGCCUCAGUAAACUGGAAAAAAGAGACCACCCUCAGGGUUCCCAUAAGGGCUCUACCAGACCAUCAAGAUUGUCUUGGGAACCAUUAAACAUAACAAGUGAGGAAAGUGAGCAGAUAAUGUUUGUGAAAACAGUGAUCGCAGGUGUUGUAAGUGAAGUGUUGAAUGAAUCACGUGUGCAACAACAGAGUAUAGUGGACUCUCUUCAGCUACCUCGUCGAGAACUGCAAACCUUUGAUGGUGAUUCCUUGCGAUAUUGGCCAUUUAUAAGAAGUUUUCGGGCCAUAGUGGAUACAAAGAAUAUAGACUCGGCAUCAAAACUGUCAUGUUUGAUGCAAUACUGUAAAGGUAAUGCCAGGAGGAUACUUAAUUGCUGUGAGACUAUGGAUCCAGAAGAUGGAUAUGUUCAAGCACUGAAAAUUUUAGAAGAAAGAUAUGGAAAUAAUUAUGAAAUUUCACAGAAGUGGAUACAGAGGAUUAUAAACAGACCUAAUUUAAAGGGACCCUCCGAGCUUAGAGAUUUUGCUGAUGACCUCAAGUGCUGUUAUCAGACUUUAAAGAACAUGGGUCAUGAGAAAGAGUUAGACAAUGCAGCUAGUUUACAGGCCAUCUGGAGGAAAUUACCGCAGUACUUGCAAGACAGAUGGUCUCAUGAAAAUCAUAUUAUAAAGAAAGAUCAGAAGCGAGUACCCAAGUUGAAGGACCUGGUCGACUUCAUUAUUGAUGGAGCAGAAGAAGCUAAUGACCCCAUAUUUUCUAGAGUUUCUUUCAGUGAGCUCAGAAGGGAUAAAGGAGAAUUGGAAGCUUUGCUGUGA